AUGAGCGCAGCACAAUUGCGAUCACAACCUGGUCCAUCAAGCUCAUCGCAAGUGAGUUCGCCAGUUUCGUCGAAACAAUUUCGAUACGAUCCAGCUCGAAGUGGAUAUACUUCGCCUGGCGGUUAUUCCACAUAUUCUACAGGGUAAGCAUUUUCUUUUGGAUUUUCGAAGAUCUUAAAAGGCAGCGAAAAAAUAUUUUACAAUUAGAUUUUUUCAACAAAAUGCAGAUUUCUGAAUGAGACUCUUUUUCGAAUUUUUUCCAAUUUUCUCGCCAUAAAAUUAAAAAAAAGCUAAUUAUAAGCCAUUGUUUGUUUUAGUUAAAUGAGCAUAAUUGAAUUUAAUCCUUUCCUUCUCUUUUUAUUUUUCUUGCCAAGCGAAAAGUGGUGUAAGAGUGCACCAUCUGUUCCGAUUUAUUUUUGACGAGUUCCAAAUUUUUGCACUUUUUCUUUUGAAUAUUUCGAAAUUGCCACGUUUCCAGCUUUAGAGAAUGAUUUUGUGAAUAAUCUUUUCUGCAAAUUUAGCUGGUUUCUAUUUUUUAAUCGUGAAAAGUACACGAAUUUUAAUUUCGCCGAAACUUUUUGCAAUCUGAAAUGAAAGUCAACAUUAGCAUGUUUAAUUAAAUUGGGUGUGGCUUGCCUAAAUCUGAACUUUUUGAUCUCAAAUUCUGCAAAUUCUCAAAUGUUUCCAGAACUGCUGAUCGUGUUGGUUGUUUAACAGCAGUAAGAAUGUCAGCCUUCGCAAAAUUAUCCCGUUUUGCUCGCCGCCUUGUUCAUAUUCGUCAAAUGGAUUUCGAAUUUGCUUCUUGGCAAAUGCUUUAUCUUCUAAUUCAACCUUCAAAAGUUUAUCGUAAUUUCAUCUACCGUAAAAGAACAAAAGAUCAAUUUGCUCGAGAUGAUCCAGCUUUUUUGGUUCUUCUAAGUCUCUCAUUAUUAUUCUCCUCAAUUUUCUAUGCUUAUGCGUUGGGUCUCGAAACAUUCGGAUUUUUCACAUUUUUCCUAUGGAGCGUAUUUGUUGAUUGUAUAUUUGUUGGAAUUGUGAUUGCCACAUGUUUAUGGUGGAUUUCGAAUCGAUUUUUGAGAAAAGUUCGAGAUCAAGAUGUUGAAUGGGGUUAUUGUUUUGAUGUUCAUUUGAAUGCAUUCUUUCCAAUGCUCAUUUUAUUGCAUGUUUUGAUUCCGAUUCUUUAUCCAGGUUAGUUUUUUUAACUCAAAAAAUAGGAAAAAAUUUCGAAAAAAUAAUUUUUCUGAGACCUAAAAACAUCUGAAAAAUAUUUUCCAAAGUUUUUUUUUUCAUUUUAAAUUUCUGAUAAGAAAAGUCGGCAUACAUAAAAAUCAGAUUUUUUUUGAUAUUUAGACAAAUUGUCAGUUUUAUCAUAUUUUUUUUGUUUUCGGUCACACUCCGAACUUUUUUAAUUUUUUUUUUAAAUUAGAUAAACUGGUAUGACCGGAAAUAAAUUUUAUUAUUAAUAUUUUUCUGAUUUUAAAAAAUCCACGUGUCAUUCAAAUUCAAGUGGAAUUUUCAGCUUUGAUAAACACACCAUAUUUCCUAUCGCGAUUCUUGGGAAAUACAAUCUAUUUCAUGGCUGCUGUUUAUUAUGUUUAUAUCACAUUUUUGGGAUAUACAGGUAACAUUGCUCAUCUUAUACUUUUUUCUCAUUAAUUCGAUAUUUUUAGCGCUGCCAAUUUUGCACAAAACCCAAUAUUUUCUCUAUCCAAUGUCAUUUAUUUUCAUCGUUUUUGUUGCAACUUUAACAGCUGGAUGGAAUAUUGCUCAAAGUGCUCUUUAUUUUUAUCAUUCGAGAGCUGAGCCGCACAAAUUUCAACAAGUUCGAGGGCUCUGA